AUGGAUGGAGGUCGUCUAGUAUGGGCUCCGGAUGAAAAAGAGGGAUUUACUCUAGGAACGAUUGUCGAUGUCGGUACGGAAACAUUGACGAUACAGCCUAGAUCCUCUUCUUCGCAGACCAUCCAGGUACCGUAUAACCGUUUAUUCUUAGCCGAUGAAGACGAUUCUCGAACUGCAGAUGACAAUUGUUCGCUAAUGUAUCUAAACGAAGCUACUCUGUUGCAUAAUUUGCGAUUAAGAUACCAUACCGAUAUUAUUUAUACAUUUGUUGCAAACAUCUUGCUAGCUGUUAACCCCUAUCAUGAACUAAAAAUUUAUGAUGCCGAACAUGUCAAACGGUACCAUAAUAAAUCAUUAGGGCAACUUCCGCCUCAUAUCUAUAGUAUCGCCGAUAAAGCGUAUCGUGAUAUGAGAAUAUCCAAGCAGAGUCAAUCAAUUAUUGUUAGCGGUGAAAGUGGAGCCGGGAAAACUGAAUCGACUAAAUAUAUAAUUAGAUAUUUAACUGAGUCAUGGGGUCAAGGCGCUGGAACCAUCGAGCAGCGUAUUGUGGAAGCAAACCCUCUUCUGGAAGCCUUUGGAAAUGCCAAAACUGUACGAAACGACAACAGUAGCAGAUUUGGCAAAUUCGUUGAAAUUCACUUUGAUAGUCAGUCAAGCGUAGUAGGUGGCUUUAUUUCGCAUUAUUUACUCGAAAAAUCGCGUAUAUGCGUCCAGAGCAAAUAUGAGAGAAACUAUCACAUCUUUUACGCUCUUUGUGGAAGCUUGCCAGAUGAACAGAAAAAGAAGCUGUACUUGAAAAAUAUCAGUGAUUACAAGUAUUUAAAUCACGGUGAUGUCGAUAUCACUACUAGGGAUAAUGUCGGAGACUUCAAGCGCAUGGAAGCUUCUAUGAACAAGUUAAACAUUGACAUAACUGAACGAUUCAAUAUCUACCGUCUGGUAUCAGCCGUUUUACAAUUAGGGAAUAUAACAUUUGAGGAGGAUCUUUCCGAUAGCAGAGGUGGUAGUAACGUAUGUGAUGAAUCAAAAUGUUAUCUUCAAAAUGCAAGUCGUCUUCUCUGUCUUGAUGAAUCUGAUUUAGCAAAUAGUCUAACUACUCGUGUUAUGACUACUGCUAGAGGUGGUACGAAAGGGACUGUUUACAUGGUUCCGCUAAAACCUGAGCAAUGCACAAAUGCCCGUGAUGCUCUCGCUAAGGCAAUUUAUUCCCGUCUAUUUGAUGCGGUUGUUGGUAGAAUCAAUUCAUGCAUUCCAUUCAAAAGUACCUCUAAUUAUAUAGGAGUACUAGAUAUCGCAGGAUUUGAAUAUUUUCGCUACAACAGCUUUGAACAAUUCUGUAUUAACUACUGCAAUGAAAAACUGCAGCAGUAUUUCAACAAUAGAGUCCUAAUCGAGGAACAGAAACUCUAUGAAGUGGAAGGGCUCGGAAUCUCGCCUGUUUCAUUUACGGACAACCAAGACUGUAUAGAUAUUAUCGAGGCUAAACCGAACGGUAUAUUUAAUUUAUUGGAUGAAGAAAGCAAACUACCUAAAAGCAGCUGUGAACAUUUUACUUUAGCAGUACACGAACGUUAUGAUGGACACUUUCGGCUGAUGGCACCAAGAAAAUCAGCUGUAUCUACUUAUAGAACAUUACGUAAUGAAGAAGGAUUCAUAAUUCGUCAUUUUGCUGGCGCUGUUUGUUAUGCAACUAGACAAUUUAUAGAAAAAAAUAACGAUGCUCUUCACACCAGUUUGGAAAUGUUAAUUCAUGAAAGUAAAGACUUAUUCUUGAAGGGCGUAUUUUGUCGCGAAGUUGAAAGUGAUAAACCAAAGUCGAAAAAAAGUAAUACGUCAAAACUUGCGCUAGUUAGUGUUGGCAAUAAAUUUAAGACACAACUAAAGGAAUUAAUGAGCAAGUUAGAAAGCACGGGAUCAUCCUUCAUACGAUGUAUCAAACCUAAUGGAACUAUGUCAAGUAAUGUAUUUGAAGGCGGCAGUGUAUUAAGUCAACUUCAAUGCGCAGGGAUGGUUUCUGUUCUAAAGUUAAUGCAGACCGGUUUUCCAUCACGUACUUCGUUUAAAGAUCUUUAUCAGAGAUACAAGGGAAUUUUACCAGAAAAACUUGCUUGUCUCGAUCCUAGAUUAUUCUGCAAGGCCCUUUUUCGAGCAGUAGGAAUGAAUGAUCAAGAUUUCCAGUUCGGAUUAACAAAAGUAUUCUUUCGCGCAGGAAAGUUUGCAGAAUUCGACCAAAUUAUGAAAUCGGAUAAUGAAAGUUUAAAACAGAUGGUGGCUAAGGUUGAAAAAUGGUUGAUUCGAGCAAGAUGGAGAAAAGUGAUUUGGGGUGCUUUAUCCGUAAUAAAAUUACACUUAAAGAUUAUGUACCGAAGACAUCAUUGGAUUGUAAUUCAAAAAAAUGUUAGAACAUUUCUUGCUAUCCGUAAGCACAGACAUAGAUACAAAGGAAUGGCAAAAGUAACAACUCUAUUCGACUUGAUAAAUCAAAUGGAAGAAAUAGCACGUGAGUUAGAGGGAAACCAUUACUUGAAUCAAGUACAAGGUCUGGAUGUAAAGAUUAAGCACCUAAUACAUGAGAUUAGGAAUAAGCAAAUCGACGAGAAUCAUAUCAAUAAUAGUUAUGAUUCGCUGCUGAAAGCAACGACACAGCAAUUAGAGGACUUAAAGAUACAACUCAAAGAUCAAAGAAUUGCCAAAGAAGAGGAGAGAGUAAGAAAAUUACAGGAGCAAAUGGAACUUGAAAGAAAGCGUCGAGAAGAAGAAGAAGAAAAGAAAAGAAAAGAAGAAGAAGAGCGUAGAAUAAAAGAAGACAUGGAAGCGAAGAGAAAACAAGAAGAAGAAGAAAUGAAAGUAAGAAAAUUGAAAGAAGAAGAGGAGAUGCGAAGAUUAGAAGAUUUACGAAAGAAACCCCGAAGAAAGCAAGAAGAAGAAGAAGAGCGAAAGAGACGCUUAGCUGAGCAAGAACUUCAUGAUCGAGAACUUGCAGCUAGAAUAGCUGCGGUAAAUGACUUUAUAAUUUUAUUAUUAUUCAGGACCAUGUAUUGUGGUAGUGUUGUUAAAGAAAACUCCAAUACGUUAAACCGGAAAAAACCUGAAAAGAAUGAUUUAUCGGGAUACACAUAUGCCCAACUUCGUGAUAUAAUCAAUACCUCAUGUGAUGUUGAACUGUUGCAAAGAUGCCGGGAAGAAUGCCAUCGAAGAUUGAAAGUUUAUCAUGCAUGGAAAGAAAGAAAUAAACAGCAAGUGAAUGUAGCUAACAGCCAACCAUUAGAUCAACGAGCUCCUCAAGUAGUGUAUUCGGAAGCUUCAUCUAGAAGAAACUUUUCAUUCCCAGACCCUUUUAACUACCUUCCUAAUGAUCAACCUCAACGCUUUUUUCGAGUUCCUUUCAAUACUUCCGGUCCAGUCCCAAGACCAUGCGGAUGGUGGUUUGCUCAUUUUGAUGGUGAUUGGGUUGUUAGACAGCUGGAGCUGCAUUCUGGGCGUCCACCAGUUCUUUUAUUAGCUGGUAUCGAUGACAUGAACAUGUGUGAGUUGCGAUUACAGGAAACUGGACUAGCCACAAGACCUGGAGCUGAAAUUUUACCAGAGGCAUUUGAAGAAAUUUGGCACAAGUGUGGCGGAAAGCCGUAUCAAAGGAUACAACCUAGAAGGUCAUAA